UGGCUUCAUUGCUUUGGUGAAGUCAAGAUGAAGUUCACAAUUGUCUUUGCUGGACUUGUUGGCAUCUUUCUGACUCCUGCCCUUGCUAACUAUAAUAUCAAUGUCAACGACGACAACAGUGGUGGAAGUGGGCAGCAGUCAGUGAGUGUCAACAAUGAACAUAACGUGGCCAAUGUUGACAAUAACAACGGAUGGGACUCCUGGAAUUCCGUCUGGGACUAUGAAUAUGGCUUUGCUGUAACCAGGCUCUUUAAGAAGAAGUCAUGCAUUGUGCACAAAAUGAACAAGGCAGUCAUGCCCUCUUUUCAAGCCCUUGAUACACUGGUCAAGGAAAAGAAGCUUCAGGGUAAAGGACUAGGGAAACCAUCUCCCAAGAGCCUGAUAUACACAGUCAACCCUGACAAAGUCAACAACCUGGACCAGUUUGGAAAAUCCAUCAUUGCCAUGUGUAAGGGGAUACCAACAUACAUGGCUGAAGAGAUUCAAGAGCCAAGCCAGAUUUUAUACAUAGGAAAAUGCUUCAAUAUUGAUAUAUACUGGAUUCUGAACAUUUCCUUCUGUGGAGAAACAGUGGAGAACUAA